UAUGAACAUAACCACAAAAUAUAUUGUACCCUUAGCCUUUCACGUGCGCUUUAUUGAUUUCUAGUUAAGGAUGUCCAUACAAGAUAAAAUUUUACUUCGUAAAAUUAAAAGACGUGAGAAAAAGAAAUUACUUUUGUUAAAGAAAAAGAAAAGUGAGAAUGAAAUUAUUGAGAAAGAGGUCCAAAAGAGUAAUUUAGAAGACUCCUUAGAGGUUAACUCUAAUACAGAAAAUACUUUAAACAAGAGUAAAAAUGAAGAAAAUGGGAAUGUUUCACAUAUAGUACCAAAUAAAAUUAAAAAGAGGAAGAAACGAACUAUCAGUGAAACUAGUUCUGGUGACUUUAUAGGAGAAAGCUUCAAAAAGUCUGAUAGACAAACAGAAGGUAGUAGCAAUGACAUGAAGGAUAAUGAAAUUACAGAAAAUACUAAUAAGAAACUAAAGAAGCUAAAUAAGAGCAGUGAUCAACAAAACACCGAGAAAGCAGAAGAGAAUAAAAGUGAAACUGCUUCAAAGAAUGAGGAUGACAGGCUACAGUUGCCAGGGUCAAGUAUUGCUUUAGAAAUAUUAAGCAACAGUCGUUUUGAAGUGUUAAAAGACACUGUUUGUGAAUCAACGUUAAAAGGUAUUGUGGACAUGGGUUUUACCAAUAUGACUGAAAUUCAAGCUAAAUCCAUACCACCUUUAUUAGAAGGAAAGGAUUUAGUGGGAGCAGCUAAGACAGGAUCAGGAAAAACAUUAGCAUUUUUAAUUCCUGCAAUUGAACUUAUUUAUAAACUCAAAUUUAUGCCAAGGAAUGGCACAGGUGUUAUAAUUUUGUCACCAACACGAGAAUUAUCAAUGCAGACAUUUGGAGUUCUUAAGGAGCUUAUGAAAUAUCACCACCAUACUUAUGGAUUAGUAAUGGGUGGAGCUUCAAGGCAGGCAGAAGCUCAAAAAUUAUCUAAAGGUAUAAAUAUUCUUGUUGCAACUCCUGGAAGGCUGUUGGACCAUAUGCAAAAUACCCCUGACUUUUUGUAUAAAAAUUUGCAGUGUUUAGUAAUUGAUGAAGCUGAUAGAAUAUUAGAAGUGGGUUUUGAAGAAGAAAUGAAACAGAUAAUAAAUUUAUUGCCAAAAAGAAGACAAACAAUGUUGUUUAGUGCAACUCAAAAUAAGAAAACUGAAGCUUUGACUUCUUUAGCCCUGAAGAAAGAGCCUAUAUAUGUUGAUGUUGAUGACACUAAAGAGGUUGCUACAGUCUCUGGAUUGCAGCAGGGUUACGUUGUUUGCCCCUCAGACAAACGUUUGCUUGUCCUUUUCACCUUCCUUAAGAAAAAUCGUAAUAAAAAGGUGAUGGUGUUCUUCAGUUCUUGCAUGUCAGUUAAAUAUCAUCAUGAGUUGUUCAAUUAUAUUGAUUUGCCUGUUAUGUGUAUUCAUGGCAAACAAAAGCAGACAAAACGUACAACCACAUUCUUCCAGUUUUGUAAUGCUGAAACUGGAAUAUUGCUUUGUACCGAUGUAGCUGCUAGGGGUCUUGAUAUUCCAGCAGUUGAUUGGAUUGUACAAUACGAUCCUCCAGACGAUCCUAAAGAAUAUAUUCACAGAGUGGGUAGAACAGCUCGAGGUGAAGGGGGUCGGGGCUAUGCCCUUUUAAUACUUCGCCCCGAAGAACUUGGUUUCUUACGUUAUUUAAAACAGGCUAAAGUGCCAUUAAACGAAUUCGAAUUUUCUUGGAAUAAAAUCGCAGACAUUCAAUUGCAACUUGAGAAGCUUAUCGGUAAAAAUUAUUUCUUGAAUAUGUCAGCUAAAGAAGGUUUCAAAGCUUACGUUCGAGCUUACGAUUCGCACCAUUUGAAACUGAUUUUCGAUGUUUCCACUCUCGAUUUGGCGAAGGUGGCAAAAUCGUUUGGAUUUACUGUACCACCAGCGGUUGAUUUGAAAGUAUCUGCUAAACAUCAUGGAAAAACUAAUAAAAGAAGGGGUGGCGGGGGAUUUGGAUUUUACAAAAACUAUAAUGCGAGUGGGGACAGAAAUUUUAAGAAUGAAAAGAUUUAUAGACAACCUAAGCGAAAAGGACCUGAUACAAGGCAGUUUUCAAGAUAACUUUUUCCUAAUCUAUUUCCAUUUUAAUAAAACAAGUUGUGGUAAAAAUUAAAUUAAUACUAUUAUAUAUU